AUGUCCGUAGAGUUCACCGACGCGUCUCUGGCUCAAGUGCGCGACACCAUUGCGCGCUUCCAAACCCCAUCCCGACCUCCUACUCUGCUCGCCCUUCUCGCCGCACCACUCGGAGCAAUCGGCCUCUUGCCUCCGCGGUUUCGACAACACAACACCUCACCAAUCGCGACAGGCAACUUCAACGUCCCACGGCAUAUCUCACCCGAACUCACGAAGAACCACUCCUACGAGCUCGUCGAGCAAUUCUUCUGCCCCGACCUCAUGUCCUUCGCGAAUCCCGCCGCGGGGCACAUUGCUUUGUACGCAUACUCUACUAUCCUGUCCACCCCUCUCAAUGAUUACUCUGUUCGUCUCCUCGCCAAGUUGUGCAAGUCGUACCCCAUCGACGUGCUUCAUGGCAUUGCGUAUCCAGACAUCGGAGGGCCUGCGCCUGCAGGCAGACACUCUGUAACAUGGGAGGAUUGCGUACGGAACGCGAUCGCUGUUCCUGCCAAGGUUGCGAAUUACAUGGGCGAUCGGGGUGACUGUCCACCGGAGCUCGAGCACGGACAGUACUUCAACGACAUGAGUGUACGAACAGAGCGAAUCAUCUUGGGGGCGCAUCAAAGCCACAGGAUAUCUUCUGUAGCCUACCUGCUGGUGAAGUUGACAAAUGUCGGCGUCUUCCCCGCCGCACCACCAACAUCUCCUGCCCAGCCUUCAUUCUUCCAUGUGGUGCUUCCUGCUAUCCGUCGGCACAUAGGCGAGGGAAUAAGGAAUAUUCAACCUGCUGGACCACUGUUCUUUCAGCCUGCCGUCAGCACAAGCCUUGAGAGCUAUUCUUACCUCUCUGCUGGCCGCUCUGGCCCUAUCACGGACACCCUUGACGCUAAUCCUAAGACUAGAGCACUUGUCACACGAGAAGCGAAGAUUUUGCUCAAUGUCUUCGGACCCCUCAGGUCAGCGCGGAUAUUCGCAUGCUAUGCUGCGGGUGCGGAGAAAGGGGGGCGCAUGAGAGAAGGUCUGGAAGCCUUUCUCGAGAGGGUCGUGGCAAGAUGGACUGACGUUGACCACGUCCGACAUUCACUUCUGUCAGAACAGCGUUAUCUCACAGCAUUGUUGAUCCUGACCGUUUCGUCCUUCCCUCCGCUUUCUCCCGCCCACAAGCUCGCACUCUCGGCCCCGUUCAUUCAGGUCAUCUCAACAUACAUAUCACACGUGGAUCCAUCCAUUCGACGUUGUGGCAUGCUUGUCGCAGAAGAGAUCGCACGUGCAGCAGGAAAGUCGUUGGACUUCGGGAGCUGGGAUGGCGACGAUCAGAACCGCGCAUGGUGCAGGCAGUUGCGGACGCUCGCGAAGGAACAUCAUCGACGUCCUCCCUCCCCUCCCAGGAUCAGUGUCGAGCUGCCGCCUUCUGGGUACGACUCGGACGACUCUCUUACCGGUUACGCAUCUCCCGACUCGUCACGCUCGGCGUCUCCGACACCGUCUGAGCUUGAAGAGAUUGAGAAGGAUCCCACAUUGCGCGUCGGGCGAAGAAGACCCCGCGACCCGCCAACGAAUGGGCUGCAAAGCGGCGAGGAACAAGAAACGGCGAACAAGGUCGAAGUUGCUUUGGAUAGCGGCUACGGUACAGAACUUGAGGAGAACACCGUGAACCUGGCGUACGCCUUCGUUGGGCUUCAAGAUAACUACGACCUGGAAGAUUUUGCACAGAAACGACAGGCUGCUCUCAAUGCGCUCGUUGCAUGCUCACCCAGGAAGGCCGCUCCUGCCAUUAUCGAACAGUUCUUCACCACUCAAUACUCAACCGACCAACGUUUCACCAUGCUGAACGCGCUUGUCCUCGGCGCCCAGGAAUUAGCUGGCCUCCCUGUACCCGAAUACCUCGGCCGAAAAGCCCUCCCUCAGGAGAAGACAUUGUUCCCGAGCAAGCGGCUUCCAACCGGUCUUCACAACAAAUACGUCACUACAGGCGAUCAGCUCAGCACACACGACCCGGUGCAGCUCUUGCUCGCGAACGCGACGCGCCUCGCAAUAGACAAGGACAGAGAAGCCGCCGCGGACUCCAUGCCUGCCCUCGCGCGCGACCGCGCGCUCCGCAUCCCAUCGUCAAGCAAAAAGAUAUCCGAGAUCUCCCCAACCACGCCCGCCGCCGUCCUCCGCGCACAGCUUGCUCUACCCGCCGCACACCCGAAGCGGACGACGUUCACGGCCGUCGCGGCCGAGCACUUCCUCGGCCCGCUCGUCCACCGCUUCUGGCGCUUCCUACGCAACGAGCAGACGCGCGAGGCGCGCACCACGCACCAGCCCGAGCUCCACCGGUACCGUGCCGCGGGCUCGAACCUCAUCCUCUCCGCGCCCGUGCUCGCGCGCCUUCUCGAGGCGGUGGGCGUGCUCGUCCACCUCUCGCGGCACGCGCGCGAGUGGCUGGCGGUGCUCGCCCCGGGGGCGCUCGAGCUCGCGCUCGCGCUCGGCACGCGCCCCGUGUCGCGCGGGGAGGGCGCCACGGAAGUCGCGGAGGAUGGCCCUGCGGGCGUCAAGGAGGCCGCGGUGCUCACGGCGGCGCUGGAGCUCGCGGUGGUCGUGCUCGACGGCUGCAUCGAGGUCGACGGGGCACGGUCGCUCGGGCUCGAGCACACGACGCUGCUGCUGGGCACGGGGGAGUGGGCGGCGAAGGUGAUGGAGAGCCUGGAGGACGGGAUGAAGGUGCCGGGGGGCGGGGGCGCGCAGGAGGUUCGGCUGCGACGCGCCGCCGCGGGGGUCGUGAUCAAGGUGGACGAGGCCACGACGAAGUGGAGACGGUCUAUGGUAGACCUGAGUUAG